AUGAACCGCGGCGGCAGCAGCCCGUCGGCCGCCGCCAGCUACCUGCUCUGUACCAACUGCCGGAAAGUGCUGCGGAAGGAUAAAAGAAUCAGAGUAUCUCAACCCUUGACAAGAGGACCAAGUGCCUUUAUUCCAGAGAAGGAAGUUGUCCAGGCAAACACAGUGGAUGAACGUACUAACUUUCUUGUGGAAGAAUACUCUACAUCCGGUCGCUUGGACAACAUCACCCAGGUCAUGAGCCUGCACACGCAGUACCUGGAGUCCUUCCUGAGGAGCCAGUUCUACAUGCUGCGCAUGGACGGCCCCCUUCCUCUACCGCACCGGCACUACAUCGCCAUCAUGGCUGCAGCUAGACAUCAGUGUUCUUACUUAAUAAACAUGCAUGUGGAUGAAUUUUUAAAGACAGGAGGUAUUGCUGAAUGGUUGAAUGGUUUGCAAUAUGUACCACAAAGACUGAAAAAUCUUAAUGAAAUAAACAAGCUGUUAGCACACCGACCCUGGCUGAUCACAAAAGAGCACAUUCAGAAACUUGUCAAAACUGGAGAAAAUAAUUGGUCUCUGCCUGAACUGGUACAUGCUGUGGUCCUACUGGCUCAUUAUCAUGCUUUGGCAAGCUUUGUUUUUGGUAGUGGCAUCAAUCCAGAAAGAGAUCCAGAAAUCUCCAAUGGAUUCAGGCUAAUACCAGUCAACAACUUCUGUGUGUGUGAUCUCGCUAAUGACAACAACAUAGAGAAUGCAUCCCUUACAGGCAGCAACUUCGGGAUUGUCGAUUCUCUAAGUGAGCUAGAGGCCUUAAUGGAAAGAAUGAAAAGGCUUCAAGAAGAAAGGGAAGAUGAAGAGGCGUCUCAGGAAGAAAUGACCACUCGCUUUGAGAAGGAGAAGAAAGAAAGUCUUUUUGUGGUCUCUGGAGAUACUUUUCAUUCAUUUCCUCAUUCAGAUUUUGAGGAUGACAUGAUUAUAACAUCUGAUGUCUCCCGAUAUAUUGAAGACCCUGGUUUUGGAUAUGAAGACUUUGCCAGACGAGGGGAGGAACAUUUGCCAACAUUCCGAGCUCAGGACUAUACCUGGGAAAAUCACGGGUUCUCCCUGGUGAACAGACUUUAUUCUGAUAUUGGACAUCUUCUUGACGAGAAGUUCCGCAUGGUCUACAAUCUCACCUAUAACACUAUGGCCACCCAUGAGGAUGUUGACACAACCAUGCUGCGCAGAGCUUUAUUUAACUACGUUCACUGUAUGUUUGGAAUCAGGUAUGAUGACUAUGAUUAUGGAGAAGUUAAUCAGUUACUUGAACGAAGCCUGAAGGUUUACAUUAAGACAGUGACCUGCUAUCCUGAGAGGACUACCAAGCGCAUGUAUGAUAGUUACUGGCGUCAGUUCAAACACUCAGAAAAGGUUCAUGUCAAUUUACUUCUAAUGGAAGCACGGAUGCAAGCUGAGCUUCUCUAUGCUCUUCGUGCCAUAACUCGGCAUUUGACCUGAAGCAUCACCCAGGGA